CGAGCAAGAAAGAAAACAACGCAGCACACCAAAAGCGCACACACAUCACUACAUAGAACAUCUUCGCGAUCGUCGGAAAAAGAAGUAAUCGCUACAAGGAAAAAUUCGGUCUGUUCUGCUCAGCUGCUACGGGUCCACGGAAAGUUUGCAAAAACAAAAGUUUCCCGUUCGCAAGAGAGCGAAUCUCGUUCAACAGUUGCUCGUCCGUGCGGUUGUGCUACAAGAAAGCGAUAAAAACAGACCGAAGACAAACAGCGCAAAAAGUGACCCACGAAGAGGGUGGAAAAAACAAACGCAAAAGCAAAAGUCCUCCACCGCAGACGACCGUGUUUGUGGUUGUUGGUUUUGUAGCGCCCGUGUGUUGUUUGUUUUGCCAUUGUGACGAUUCGAUAGCGUCGCCAUCGCGUGUGUAUUUGGACGGGCUUUGUGUGCUGCUUCCACCGAGUUCCGCAGUUGAACCGUGCGCUUUUGUCCCUUAUCAUUCGAUGGCCUUGCGUUUUAGUGCGUAGGUGAAUAGCAAACCAACGGACACGCAUACACACCUUCACGCGGUUCCGUUCGCUUUCUGUUCGCCGAUUGAGAAAGUUUCGUAGGACAUUUCUUCCUUGCUCGCUCCUCGAAAGAAGCCUUCCCGUGUUUGUGGCGUUCAAGGUUAAUCGGUGUCGGUGCCAAUCGAACCAACAGAAGCAACAACAACAAAAGCAGGCGACGUUCGACGUUGUUGGCUUAACGGAAUAAGACAGCCGUUUGUUGCAUCAGCUGUUUCUCCUGCAUAUGCCCCGUUGCUGAUCGUGCUCCCCGGAGGUGAUCUCCGAUAAUAGUACUGCGUCACCUAAUCCACUUCAUCGGGUCUAUACGACCGUGGCCUUGACAGCCGUUGCAGCGUGACGAACCAACUUACUGCCAAAUUUGGGCUUAAGUUCAAAUUUUAUCUUACCCGGAAGUUGCCACGUUAGAAAGAAAACUUUUCGCAUCAAAAGCGAAGGCACGUGGUUCCCGCUGCGAGUCGCCAUGAGUCUGCUGGCAAGGACCGACAUCGACGCGGGAGGAUUUUUUGUCAACUUCAAUCAAGAUUGCUCAUCCCUGGCAGUUGGCUCCAAAAAUGGCUAUAGUUUGUUUUCGCUGAAUUCCGUCGACUCGAACCUGGAUCAAAUCUACACCAGCUAUGGCGAGGAUAUCUGUCUGGUGGAGCGUCUUUUCAGUAGUUCGCUGGUGGCGGUGGUUUCAUUGAAUGCCCCUAGGAAGUUGAAGGUGUGUCAUUUUAAAAAGGGAACGGAAAUAUGCAACUACUCGUACUCGAACACCAUUCUCGCGGUAAAGCUGAACCGGUCCCGGCUGGUGGUCUGCUUGGAGGAAAGUCUUUACAUUCACAACAUCCGCGACAUGAAGGUGGUGCACACGAUUCGCGACACGCCGCCCAACAAGACGGGGCUGUGUGCGUUGGCUUCCGAUUCCGAUCACUGCUAUCUGGCGUAUCCGGGCAGUGCUACGGUCGGUGAGGUGCAGAUCUUUGAUGCGGUUAAUUUGCACGCCAAAAUUAUGAUACCGGCGCACGAUUCGCCGCUGGCGGCGAUAGCGUUCAGCCAAAUCGGUACCGAGAUAGCGACGGCCAGUGAAAAGGGUACGGUCAUUCGGGUGUUCUCGGUCGCCGACGGUACGAAGCUGUUCGAGUUUCGGCGCGGAGUCAAGCGCUGCGUUUCGAUCGCUUCGCUUGCGUUCAGCAUCUGCUCGAAGUAUCUGUGCUGCAGCUCGAACACGGAAACGGUGCAUAUCUUCAAGCUUGAGCGUAGCUCGCCGGAAAGCAGCGAUGAACAAAGUGGAAAGGACCACUGGAUGGGCUAUAUCAGCAAGGCGGUAUCGAGCUAUCUGCCGAUGGCGCUACCGUCGCAAGUGACCGACGUGUUUACGCAGGGCCGAGCUUUCGCUUCUGCCGUGCUGCCGGUGGCAGGACUGAGACAUUCCUGUGUCAUUCCUACGAUUCAGAAAGCGCUACGCAUGUUAGUGGCCUCGCAGGAUGGAUAUCUUUAUGUGUAUCAGCUCCCGACCGAAGGUGGCGAGUGCCAGCUCGUCAAAAAGCACGAUCUCAGAAACAUCGAACCACCACCAAAUCCACCUCGAGCAGAAUCCGUACCGAUCGGUGUACCUACGGUGGUACCACCUGGUGCAGCAACUUACGCUGCCACUGUUCGUGGUGGAGCGGCCGCCAGCAGUGCGGGAAGUGGAGGGUUCGGUUCACUGGAUGAAGACCAUUCCCAUCAGCAGCAAUAAACGAUGGCUCUCAAUACUACUCCACGCACCAACUUUGAGGACAGCGCACGUGGGCAAGCUGAACUUCGAGUUGUUGGUGAUGUUUCCGGAUACUGGAUGAUAACGAUAGUAACGAUGUUUGGAUAAGCUCUCUUUCCCUCUGUUCCUGACAUUCGCAUAUACGGUGCUGUUCAGUGAGAAUGGUAACGAAGGAAAUGUAGGAGAUUGCUUGUCUCACUGCUGCUGCUGCUGCUGCCGUGAAAGUGGUUUUAGUACUUUUAGGGAAAAGGCAACGAGAAGAUUCCUAUAUUUCCAUCUGCUGAUUUCAAUACAUCCACAUCUGUCCGGACGGUGUACGGAUUAGGUAAUACACAAAUGCACGUUUAACUUGACGGAAAGCCUGUAAAACGUUACAAUCAUACAAGCAAGCGCUAUCCGCAACAGUGCAAAAAGAAAGAUUCUUUAUCUUCACUCACUCGAACUAGAGGGAGCAAGAUAUCAUCAAUGUGAUAGAGCGCCUUCGAACGGGUCGGCAAAAUCAAACGAAUGGGAGCAUCCCAACCGUACCAUCAUCUGGCGCUUGACGCGCCUGGCCGUAGGAAAAGCGACUCCAGAUUUCUUUCCAUUAUAUGUUUUAUUCUAACCAUCACGUAUAGAGACAAAAAGCAAACAAAAGGUUCGACGAAAAUUAUUAAUAGAAACUUUUAAUUGAAAGAAGCGUUUAACGAUAAUAUUAGCAAAGAAGCGUUUCUCUACCGUUCUUCACUAGCAUAUUGAGGAAAGGCACGAAAAGGAAACAAAAUGGUUCGGGCAUCAAUGUGAAGCUUAGGAUUUUCUUGUUGAAAAAGGCUUAAAAAUAUAAAAAAAACACGGACAGAAGUAUGUAUGAUUGUAAGUUUAAGCUGAUUAUGCGCGAAAUGGUUAGAACGACAGCGAGUUCGAUUUGGUUCUACCAAAUAAUCCCGCAGCCCUACCCGUUUGGUAGGGAACAGUCGAACGCUAGCAUAUCGUGAGGCAGAGGACGAUGAAGGGUAGAGCAAUGGGACAGUCAUGUUGGCACAUCAGUCGCUGGAAAAUCGAAGGAAAACUCGUUCAACAGCCCGGAAGGGGACUGAGUUGUAUUUGGUUUAAUAAUAGUCCGUAAGUCCGUAGUAUGGAACAAUAAAGUCUU